UUAGAAUUGAUGAUGAUCUCUUCUGAGGCCAGUUUCCCACCCUCAGGUUUAGAUGUCUGUGCCACUUGCCAUGAACAUGCUACGUGCCAACAAAGAGAAGGAAAGAAGGUCUGCAUUUGCAACUAUGGAUUUGUGGGCAAUGGGAGGACACAGUGUGUUGAUAAAAAUGAGUGCCAGUUUGGAGCCACUGUGGUCUGUGGGAACCACACAUCCUGUCACAACACACCCGGAGGCUUCUACUGCAUUUGCCUGGAAGGCUAUCGAGCCACAAACAACAACAAGACAUUUAUUCCCAACGAUGGCUCCUUCUGUACAGACAUAGAUGAGUGUGAGGUUUCUGACCUGUGUGGGCCUGGAGGUCAGUGUGUCAAUACACAUGGGAGCUUUGAAUGCUACUGCAUGGAUGGAUUCUUGCCAGAGAAUGGGCCUGAGCCUUUCCACCCAAGCAGAGAUGCCACAUCAUGCACAGAAAUAGACUGUGGCACCCCUCCUGAGGUACCAGAUGGCUACAUUGUGGGAAACUAUACCUCCAGGCUGGGCAGCCAGGUUCACUAUGCCUGCAAAGAAGGAUUUUGGGGUGUCACAGAAGAUACAGUUUCAAGCUGCACAGCUCUGGGCAAAUGGGAAUCCCCAACAUUACAUUGCCAAGAGAUCAACUGUGGCAGGCCUCCAGAAGUUCAGAACGCCAUCUUGGUGGAGAGUCACAGCUCCAGCCUGGGUGGUGUGGCCCACUAUGUCUGUCAAGAGGGCUUUGAAAGCCCUGGAGGAAAGAUCACUUCUGUUUGCACAGAGAAAGGCACCUGGAGUGACAGCACAAUUCCGUGCACAGAAAUAAUGAUGGAAAUUAAUGAUGUAGCUGUGUUUAAUAGCACAUGUGUGAGGUGGCAAAUAAACUCAGGAAGAAUAAACUCCAAGAUUGGAUAUGUGGUACACAUCAAAGGACAGCAGUUGGACCCUGUAGGAUCAGUUCAUGAGGAGACAAUCAACUUGACCACAGGCAGCAGCACCCCAGAAGUGUGCCUCCACCUGUACAGAGGCGCCAACUACACUGUGAGCAUUUCCACAGCCCCUCCCAGGCACUCUGUGCCCGCCAUCAUUGUUUUCCAGACAGCAGAAGAUGAUCUCUUAGAAGAUGAUGGACUUUUCAGUAUCUCAGUAUUUAAUGAAACUUGUCUGAAGUUGAAUAGGCAUUCUAGGAAAGUUGGAUCAGAACGAGUGUAUCAAUUUAAAGUUCUGGGUCAAAGGUGGUACCUGGAUAAGUUUUAUCAUGCAACCUCAUUUAACCUCACAUCGAGGAAAGAAACUCUGGAAGUCUGUUUGGAUCUGUACCCAGCCACCAAUUACACAGUAAAUAUCACCUUGCUGCGACCUCCUGAGCAGCACUCCAAGCAAAUACUGAUAACCACUGCACCAACAGUAAGACAGAUCAUCAGUGAUAUUUCAGUAUUUAAUGAAACAUGCUUGAGAUGGAGAAGUACAAUGACAGCUCAUGAAGAAGAGAUGUAUUUAUUCCACAUUUGGAGCCAGAGAUGGUAUCAGAAGGAAUUUGUUCAGGAAAUGGUCUUCAAUACCACUUCCUGCAGCCAGACCCCUGAGCUGUGUUUAGACCUGCAUCCAGGUACCAACUACAGUGUCAGCCUUCAGGCUUUGUCUUCAGCACUUCCUGUGGUCAUCUCCCUGACAACCAAAAUAACAGAGCCUCCACUUCCAGAAGUAGAAUUUUUCACAGUGUAUGGAAGACCCCUGCCACAUCUGAAACUGAGGAAAGCCAAGGAGAAAACUGGACCUGUCAGUUCAUAUCAGGUGUUGGUGCUCCCGCUGGCACUACAGGACACAUUUUCUUGUGGUUCCGAAGGCAUGGCUUCAUUCUUUAGCAAUACCUCUGCUGCUGAUGGAUACGUGGCUGCAGAGCUCCUGGCCAGCGAUGUUGCAGGUGACACCAUGGAGAUAGCUAUUGGAGACAGACUGUACUAUGGGAAGUACUACAAUGCACCUUUGAAGAUAGGGAGUGAUUACUGCAUAAUGUUACGAAUCACAAGUGAAUGGAAUAAGGUGAGAAGAUAUUCCUGUGCAGCCUGGGCUCAGGUGAAAGAUUCGUCACUCACACCGCAGCAGAUGGUGGGUGUUGGAUUGGGCUCCAUAGCUUUUGUGAUCCUUCUUGCAUUCCUCUCCUUCUGCGCAGUGUGAUGGCUGGUGGGUACUGCAUGGGAAGGAAGCGCUCCUGCAGAGCAGACUUUCUGACAGUAUGUUGAAUACCUGCACAGAGACCCCAGAUGGCUCCAUCCAGACGACCUGCAUGGACCUGCAGCUUUCUCCGUUACCAGCAUGGCUUCAUUCCUGGGUUUGAGCUAUCAGUGGAGUCUUCCAAAAGAAAGAAACUCAGGAAUUGUUGAUGUCUUUCCUGCUUCAGAACCAGCUCUGUGUCCAUGAACUUGAGACCCUUGACGUCCAAUAUAAUCUUGACCACAGGUCAAUGUGUGUGGUCUAGUGACGCCCGGGAGUCAGCCACUCUGGACAAUGCAUGCAAGAAUCUGUGCGUCUCCCUUCAUAGCGUCUGUGCUAAUUAACUCAGAUCCAUUCUUCUGUAGUGUACAUGUGCUGGGCUUAAGUUUGGGCUCAAAUUUGACUUUGUGAAGGAGGUCAUUUAAAAGGAGAGAACAUGGACAUGGGUAAACUAGGCAUUUUAGAAACAGACCUUUUCCUACAACUAAUCAACAUGCUAAUUAGAAAAUAUACUAGCCUGGACACUUUCAUAAAUUCCUUCCAGGGAUUGUUAGGCAACAUUGCUUCAAUACUAUUCUGGUUAUUUUAUAUGUGUUCAAAAAUAAUGUCUGCAUUCCAGCAAAAUUCUACAAUUUAGAUUCUUCUUCCCUUGGUUUUUAUUAUUACUAAGUAUGUCCUAAAAAUGCUGAAUGCCUCCCUUUUGAAAUUUGGGUUUGGUGGCAGUGUUUUAACAGUGGUUGCUGCAGUAUCAAAUUCCUGACAAGGCCAGAAUCCACGUGUGCUGCUGGGGAGGAGGAAUGAUGGUAGUGGACAUGCCUACUCUGCCUCAGUAACCAUGUCUGUUUCUAUCCACAGUCCACAAGGCCUUAGAUGUAAGCAGUGCCGGGCCUACUGCCAGUGUCGAAUACACAGAAGGGGUGGAUUAGAUUGAGCUUUAAAACCUGCCUCUAAACCAUCGCCUAACUCCAAGGCUUGUGGCUUCUCUUCCUUCUACCUCCCUUGCUAGGCCUAGAGAAUCAAGAGCAUAAGGAGGAAAAGGUGGGACAGUCGCAGCAUACAACCUCAGAGUGGAGCGCCUAUGAAGGUGGCACUGGAGCUGGGUGCCACUGUGCCCCUGAGGAAAGGGGCAGUGCCGUAGGCUGGUGUGUUCCCUACUGGCUUGUUGGAUGUCGCUUGGUGGGGGUCAUGUCUGAGUGACCUGCUGCUAUGGCUUGGGUGUGGUUUUUCUCUGCCAGAGUUAUGUUGACAUUUGUGAUGGGAACUUAAAGAGCUGACUUGUUGAUUAUGAUGGGUUCUAUUACCAAAGAUAUAAUUGUCCACAUGGGGGCUUAGCGUAAUUAUCACAGAAAGUAAGAAAUCUUACUUGUUUAAUAUCAAAAGUUUCUGACUAAAAAUAACUGGUGAGUCCAGGCAUGGUGGUGCACACCUUUAGUCCAGUACUGGGGAGGCAGAGGUAGGAGGGUUGCUGUGAGUUCAAGGCCAUCCUGAGACUACAAAGUGAAUUCCAGGUCAGCCUGGGUGAGACCCUACCUCGACCAACCAAAUAAAUAAAUAACUGAUGAGUGCUGAGAAGAUGACUAAGUGCUUUGCUUGCUGCGCAAGAGUGAUGACCUGAGCUCAGAGCCCCAGAACACACAUAAGUCAGACACAGUCAGCAGGAGAAUCCUCAGAGGCUCACACACCAGAGAGCCGGGUGUACUCAGUGGUGAACACUGACCGAGCUUGCCUCAAACUAGAUGCAGGAUGAGGACUGUCACCGAGGCUGUCCUCUGGCCUCCACACAUGCUCCAUGGCACGUGCACCCCUGCGCUCGCACAUACACAUCUCACGUGCACAAACAACUGAGGACAUAACAACUUAAGGGCUUAUGGGCACAGUGUAGAAAUGUAAAACAGUUCAUCUGUGAUUACAAAAAUAUUAGACACAUGAGUUUUGUCAUUUUCUCCUAGAUUAUAAUGCAGAGCUGUUCAGUGCAAAUAGAUUAGUAGGUGCUAAGCAUUUGCAAAUAAAUAAAUAAAUAAAUAAAAAGAUGCUUAAUUUUCUUACAGUUCUUUUCUAAUAGUUUUCUUAUAAACAUGAAGACAACCUUGAUUAAGUUCUUUACCAUAAUACUGUGUUUUCCCCCCUACCUGGAUUCCCAGUUAAGUAGGGAAGGAGUCUUAGGAGACUAAUGGCUCUCCCUGGAAAAAUGCAGAGUUUUUCCAUCAAUGUCUGAUUCAGUGGGUACUUCGUAGACUGAAGCAUUAAUUUGGCUUUAGUGUGCCACUAAAUAAUGCUAGAUCCUAAGGUGGCCACAGAGGAAGGAUCUUUCCCUUGUGACCUGCCUUGGGGACUGGGUAUGAAGUGAGCACGUAGAUCUGGUCUUGAUUUCCCUUCCAGAUCAGGAUCCAAAACAUGAGGGUUGCCCAGAAUGGAACCUGGUGUUGUUCCCUGGGCUGGCCUUUGUGCAGUUUCUGUUUCUGCUCUGGCACCCCUUUCUUUUUUUUCUUUUUUUAAAAAUUUUUAUUAACAUUUUCCAUGAUUAUAAAAUAUAUCCCAUGGUAAUUCCCUCCCUCC